GCGGCGGAGCGAUGGAGAUCCCGGUGCCUGUGCAGCCGUCCUGGCUGCGCCGGGCCUCCGCCCCGGUGCCCGGAGUUUCGGCGCCCGGACGCCUCUUUGACCAGCGCUUUGGCGAGGGGCUGCUCGAGGCCGAGCUGGCUGCGCUCUGCCCCACCUCUCUUGCCCCCUACUACCUGCGCGCACCCAGCGUGGCGCUGCCGGUCGCUCAGGUGCCGACGGACCCGGGCCAUUUCUCGGUGCUGCUGGACGUGAAGCACUUCUCCCCCGAGGAAAUAGCUGUCAAGGUGGUUGGCGAACACGUGGAGGUGCAUGCGCGCCACGAGGAGCGCCCGGAUGAGCACGGAUUCGUCGCGCGAGAGUUCCACCGCCGCUACCGCCUGCCGCCUGGCGUGGACCCGGCUGCCGUAACGUCCGCGCUGUCGCCCGAGGGCGUCCUGUCCAUCCAGGCCGCGCCAGCGUCCGCCCAGGCCCCACAGCCGCCACCGGCUGCCGCCAAGUAGGGGUUUGGGUGCUCCUGAACCCUGGGAGCCGCCCUGGGCUCCCUCUUUCAGAGCCGAUCUGACUCCACCCAGCCAGAUGUCCCGAGCGCGCCAACGCCUUCCUCCCGCCCAAUCCCGGAUCGUGCCCUGACCCCUCCACCCUAGACCCUGCCUUGAUAACCUACCCCUCCACAGACACCCCUGCUUUCACACCCUUUCCAGCUUUCAGACCCCACCCCGACAAGCACCCUACAAGCACUACCCUAACCCUCAGCCCACAGUCUCUCAUCCCCACCGACCCUACUUUCUUGGCAUGUGUCCCCACUCGAGAAUCGCUCCUUUACUUCCUUCUGACUUCUCUAUGAGGACGUCCCCACACACCAUUUCCAUGUCUUCCCCACUUUGACACUAGAUUAUGGUGCAGACAGCCCUGCCCCGCCCCUAGGCCAGUCAGGCAUAAUCCCCCCACACCCAAAUGUCCUGGACUACACCGACCUCCCAAUCCAGACCACCCAUGUCUGGUUCCCAAGACUCUGGGUCCUUCGCCUGCAACCAGACAAUCCACUUCCCCCCAGCCAUUUUCUGACUUGAAACCCCAGCCAGCCACCCCAGACUCUUGAACCCUUUUCUGAUCCCCCCACCCUUGGACACCUAUCCCAGGGCAACCAGAACUCCCAGCCUCAAACUGUACAGAUACCCUCCCAAUACCCGCCCCCAACUCUGCACAGAUGUCCUAGGCCCCUUCCCCAACUCUAAGCAGAACCCCCCAGUGCCUUUGUCCUGACCAAGUCUCCAACUAGAUACCCUUGGCAACCCACCUUCCACAGUCCUCUUACCCCCCAAGACCCAACCUAACAACCACUCUGAUUCCCCACAACCUUUCUCUCUGAAUUCCCUGCCACCCCAUUCCCCCACUCUUACCUAGGCUCACUCCCCCAAUAAAUGUGCUAGA